AUGCCAUUUGGCUGCACCACUUCUCCAGCACUUUCUUCACUCAUCAGAGGUCGUCUUGCGCAACGCUGGAGAGCGCAUCCUCGUUUCACAUUUCGCAUCACCAAUGUACCAACUCGAAGUGUUCUAUACUCGUCUAUCGCACACGCGAUGUUAGGACGUGCUGUUAAAGCUAAAGCUACGGAGGCCCAAUCUCUGCAUCCGAAAAACGACGCAAAGAAGGCAGCAAUUACGCAACAAAAUAUGACACGAAAUGGGAAUAUUCAAGAGUCAUUAAAGCCAAAACCUUCGCAGGCAAUCGGCGGAUAUGUACAACCAUUGAGACCAGCCUCAGUAAAUGAGAAGAUGUUGCCAAAGAAAAGUCAAUCGACAAUUGCAUCAAGUGCCGUCAGCUCCCAUUUGAGUUCGUUAUUCAGCAGGGAUGGUGCGUUCCAAGAUACACCAAAUAGUAGCUUUGCCGUGGAAUUCAAUGAGGACGAUUGGAGCGAUGACGAUAAUAUAGAUUUCGAUAUCAGUUACACUUUGCCUACACAAAGUUUAUCUACCAAUGCCUCCAUGCCAGCGCCCCCGAAACCUACUCUUACAACAAUACCGUCGUCCCCAUUUGCGGAAAGAGUAAAAUCACAGCGAGCCCCGAGCAGUAGCGCGCAUACCUGGUCGUCUUCACCACCUUCGCAUAAAGAGACGCCGCCUGGAGCUAAAAAGCGGAGGGAGCGUGAGCAUGAGCAAUCGGCGGUACAGUCUCUCAUAAUCAUAGAAGAUGAUGAGGCACCAAAACCAAAGCGACGAACAUUACCAUGGAUACAGAAACAGUCGGAACAAGAUGAGGUAUCGCAUAGACAAGAACAAGCAGAUGAAUUAAGCUCUCAAACGUCUGGCACAUCUGCUCCAGCUGUUUGUUUCAAAUGCAGACAGACAGGGCAUUACAGCAAGCAAUGUCCGAACAGCCGCAAGGGAAAGCCAAGUGAAUGGGAUCUCGAUCAGCAUGAUUGUACUUCGGUGAAUCAAGACAAGAAACAACCUUGGGACAACACUGAAAGACAGGUUGCGGAGAAUAAGAAGUUAGUCAAGGAAAGGCGAAAGAAAACAGUUGACCUGGCUGAAAAGGCGGCCGCCGAGGCACAUGUUCGCACUAAGACUGCUAAAUUAGCUCCGAUACACCUGACUGACGAGCAAACUCGGGUCAAGAGUUUGGUUGUGGAUCACGGUAAAAGUGUCUUCUUUACUGGUUCUGCCGGUACUGGAAAAUCUGUUCUGAUGAGAUCAAUUAUUGCUGCUUUGAAAAAGAAGUACGUUCGCGAGGGUGACCGAGUUGCUGUCACGGCUUCAACAGGUUUAGCUGCCUGCAACAUCGGUGGCGUGACUCUGCACAGCUUUGGAGGCAUUGGGCUUGGUAAAGAAGAUGUGCCUUCACUCAUAAGAAAGAUAAAAAAAAACAACAAAGCCAAGCUUCGGUGGACGAGAACCAAGGUUUUGGUCAUUGAUGAGAUUUCCAUGGUUGAUGGCGAUUUGUUCGAUAAGUUAGAAGAAAUCGCGAGGGGAAUGCGUAACAAUGGACGACCAUUUGGAGGUAUACAACUUGUGAUCACUGGAGACUUUUUCCAAUUGCCCCCUGUUCCAGAUUACAAUCAAAAGAGUCGAGGUGUCAAAUUUGCAUUCGACGCUGCUACUUGGGGAACGGCAAUCCAUCAUACAAUUGGUCUAACAGAAGUUUUUCGUCAGAAGGAUCCUGUAUUCGCAAACAUGCUAAACGAGAUGCGGCUAGGAAAAGUCUCCCAAGACACUAUAAAAGCUUUUGCAGGAAUGAAACGCGCCAUAAAUUAUGAAGACGACUUGACUGCUACAGAAUUGUUUCCAACUCGGAACGAGGUCGAGAACUCAAAUACCUUCAGAUUGAGAAGUCUGCACGGCAAGUCAUAUAGAUAUGAUGCUGCUGACUCGGGUUCAAUCACUGACGAAGGGAUGAGAGAGAAACUUCUUUCAAAUAUGAUGGCUCCAAAAUCCAUCGAACUUAAGAAGGGAGCUCAAGUCAUGUUGAUCAAAAAUAUGGAUGAUGGACUAGUAAACGGAUCACUUGGGAAAGUUGUCGCUUUCAUGAGUGAAAAGUCGUUCGAGAUCUAUGAUUCGAACCCAGAUAUACUCAAUGAAAAAGAAUUUUCCGAUGCUGAGGAGGAACACAACCGUCAAUCAGACCUCGCGAGGUUUAAACAGACCAAUAAAGAGUUACCUAUCACCGGAAUCUCCAACAAUGGCAGGCUGUUCCCGCUGGUGCGGUUUUCCAUCCCAGACGGAACUGUCAGAGACCUUCUUGUUCAGCCAGAGGAAUGGAAGAUUGAGCUACCAAACGGAGAGAUACAGGCACAACGCACCCAGCUACCUCUUAUUCUUGCCUGGGCACUCUCUAUUCACAAAGCACAAGGGCAAACCCUUGAGCGUGUUAAGAUUGACUUGAAGAGAGUAUUUGAGAAUGGUCAAGCCUAUGUUGCUCUGAGUCGAGCAACAAGCCAAGCUGGCUUGGAAGUUCAGAACUUCGAUCCGAAGAAAGUCAUGGCUCACCCGAGGGUUGCUGAAUUUUACAACAGCUUAUAUAGCGUUAACAGAGCUCUGGCGCACCCCAAAGUUGCGAGGGCUGAUCCACCAAAGAUAGCAACGAAACCCAUCAAGCCAUUGAGAGACGAUCCUUCUGUUGAUGAGGACGAGGGAGAGAUGGCACGCAAUUUCGGUUGA